AUGGCGAAUAGAGGCGAGCUCGACGUGAAGCUCCUCCGGGACGCCACGCCUCGAGAGCAGGCGCUUCACCUCCGCCAUGUCCUCGACAGCAACCCGGCUGCCACGUCUUCCCUUACCGCUCAGCUCAUCUCCCUCGUUGCCGCAGAGACUCUCCCGCCCAUCGUCCUCGGUCUAUGGCCCUCCGUCGCCAAUCAGCCCGAGGUCACUGUGGCGGUGAUCCGACAAGAGCUCUGCGUCAAUGCCCAGCAGCUGGCCAUCAAGCACUUGCAUCGCCACCUGCGCAGGGAAAAGACAUUUGCAAAUGCAUGGGAAGCUGCGGGCGGAGCCAGGGGAGUCGCUCAGCUGGCGGCAAAGCUCAGUGUCGACAAUGUGCGGCUUCUGCUUGGCCUGCUGGGCAGUACAGCACGUGCGCAGGGAGGUCGGAAACAACGACAGCGGGAGAUGGAGAAGCUGCUGGAGCUGCUCUGGGGGCAACACGAGGAUAGCGCGGAGGGCGUUGCAUUGGAUGGUCGUCCGUUGCGGGAGAUCUAUUUGAAGCUGCUCCCUGCUUGUGGCGGUGCUUUCAGAGUGAAGUGGGAGGAGGACCAGAAGAGGCAGCUCCAGGAGAGGCACGGCGCGUCUGUUGUGACGGAUUUCGAGUUCUUCGAGAGCCAUUACGACGAGGAGCUGCGGCGCAAGGAAAUCACCGGCGAAGCAUUUCUGGAUAAGAUCGGGCCUCUGGUCCUCCACCGUACAGAGUAUGGCUUGCAGGUUCUGGAAAGAUUCCUCGACAGUGAAAACCUGCUAGGAGUCUCUCCCGGUACCCUGUUUGAUGCUGUUGUUAAUCCGCUGGGAAAGCGGUUCCUUUCACGGCGCAGGAUAUCCAACGACACCACUCUACGCUUCUGGACUUGUCUUAUACUGGGCCUGAAGGAGCGCUCGGCAUUUCAAAAGAACUUCCAAGGGUCCGAACACUAUUUUAGAACGAUGAUUACCCGUCUGGUCGAGGUGUGGAAUCGCUCACGGAAUCGCUCACGCGCAAGGGCUGAAUACACGGAGAUGCUGCCAACGCUGUUCUCUGCUCUGCCCGAGGCAAUGGUCACCAAAUAUGCGCUGCUAGAUCUGCUGCGGAACGUUGGCGAGGUCCGGAGGUACCAGCUUCUACGCUUGUUCUUGAAGCACACGGCCGGAAACCGGGUUGAUAUCGGAGAGCCCACCAGCCUGGAGCAUGCGGAGCUUGAGAAGAAGUCGUCGUUCGGUUGGCAGUCCGACAUCUUCUUCCUGUUGCCAGCGGAAGAGGCCUUGUCUUUGUGGGAAAAAGUCCAAAGAGCAGGGAAAGACAUUGGGAGGACCAGCAGCUUUACCCAAAGGUUCCUCUAUCAAAGGCCUGACCCUGAACAACGUGAGGUAGCUGACCGUCACGUUGUGCGGGCCCUUUUGCUGAGCCAAAUCCGGCGUCCGGCCGUCUCCGCAUUCUCGUCUGCAGAGCUGGACGCCAUGAGAGCUGAGGCUCGUCAAGAAGUUUCCAGGAGGAUGAAGAAGGCGACUCAAGGCCGCUCAUUCGAAGACCGAUCGCAAGCUGCCCUCUCUGCCUUGGACCUGAGCGUGGCAACGGGGGAUCUGGAACUCUACGCAGAAACGCUUCGCUGGGCACGGCGGUUCAACAAGGAUCCCCUGACGAUCAAGGAGCUGUAUAGCCAGCAAAGCCUCCUGACCAGAGAGGGAGAAGAUGUUUUGGCUGUGCUGCAUAAGAAGAUGAAGGACGAGCUGACCGUUGACAAACUCACCAUGAGGAUACAAUCUGCGAAUGCCGUCUUAAGCAUCUUAUUUGAGACGGCUAGCAUGGGAGUGAACGAACCUAGCUUCAGCCCGCGGGAUUGGCAGCCCACGUUUGAGUUGAUUAAACGUGUUGUUUGUCUACGCCUCAACUGGGUCAAUGACUUCCAAGACCGGACCAAGAUGUCGGAUGACUCGCUGUAUGAGGCCGUGUGGAAGCCAACUUCUGCCAUGCUGGAGAAGAUGCUGUCCGAUCAUCUUGGUCCCGUUGGCGACCGGUUUGAACCUCUCACACCCCAUGUCACCUUGUCUUCCCUACGUGUUACGGAGCCUCAGAAGCUACGCGGGCAUACAAUCAGGUUUCUCAACCACCUGGCCGAGUUUCAAGACUCGCUUUGGGCAGAUCUUCGCCGGCGGGAAACCCCAGCCUUGGUCACGGUGGAUGAGAUUUGGCCCAAGGGGGCCACUCUCCAGCAGUUGUCUAGCUAUUUCGGCGAGGCUCUGGCGCAUCUCUCGUAUGGGCAGGCACGGAUUGAGGCGGUCGUCUUUAUGGGCCCUUCCACGGCGCUGCAGCCUGUCGAAGUCGAUGAGGCGGCCCAGUUGGCCAUUGGGACAUUUGUGGAUAGUUGGUCCACGGCUCUGCAGCUGUAUAUCCAGAUGCCGGGCGAGGAGCGCAAGAAGCGCAUUCAAAGGGCCUGGCGUCAUGCGACCGUCGCCUUGAGCAAGGACCGCAUGUCCCCAGAUGAAGCCGAGCGGUUCUGGUGGCCUGUGUUUGAGAGCGUUGGGGUGCAGAAGUAUGAGGUUGGGAUCAACGAUGAUGUAGACGAACGGCCUCAGCCAUCCCUUCCUGACGUACGCGAGGAUGAGCAUAUGCAGCCGAUUGAGUGGAAUCCCGACCCUGAAUACGACCAUAUUUCGCAGCCGGAGAAGGACAAAGCUCUUGCACCGGUCCUUCUGGACGUUCUGCUGAGUCGGCCGACGGAAGAGAGCACGGCCAGGUUUAUCAAGGCACAGCGCGCGAUAUUCGGGGACGUCAAGGCCGUGGUUCCUGCAAAGCCUCGCCCUUGUUCCUUCUGGGCCUUGUUCUUGGAAUCACAGAGGAAGCUGAGCGGGAAGAGUGCAGACGCUUAUGCAGCCGCGGCAAUUCUGGCAAUGAACAUGAAGCAUGGUUCCGACAGGUCGUUGCUCAAGACGCCGUACCCUCACGCGGAGGCAGUGCGUAUUCCAGCCGUGUAUCUUGACCAAGACUUUCUGGAGAGGUCCGAGAAGACCCCAUAUGUCGCACUUGAGCAGCCCCUUGGUGUGUUGGCUGGGUUGAAGUACUAUACACCGACGGGUCUCCUCGUUCAGUUGGCAGAAUCGAUUUUGAAGAGCAUCAAGAAGAAUUCCCCAAUGAAAAAGCCGUUUUGGGAGUUUCAAAACAUCAUCAGCUUCAUCUUGGACGGAAAGGAUCCUUCGCUGGCUACUCCCCUGAUACAACGGCUUAUCCUGGAGAAUCCAGGUGAGAGCUCGUGGCAUCGGGUGGUUCUCAAUCGAGGAAUUCUCGCUAAGCUUUCCCCGGCUGUUGCGAAGGACUUCUUUGAGAGCUUCACGAAUGCCAUCCUGGAUAGACUACAAGCACGGGAGGACCUACAAGCGGACAAGGAGGCUGGAGAUGAUGCGCCGGCGGGCAAGGCGCCGCUUGUCAAGAUCACCACGAUCAAGAUGCUGGCGCAGCUGCUGAGGGAGUCUCCUGUUGUCGACCCGAGUCUGGCGGUGGACCUCAAUAUCAGGAUCUUGAAGAGGUCGAGCCAUGUCGACGUUCGCACGGCUUCUGUCAAGGGGCUGAUGGAGGCAAUCAAGGAUAGUGCUACCAGCUCGGCGGUGAAGAAGCGGAUAUUCGAUGCGCUUCGCGAAUACGCCGUGCCCAUUGCGUCUUCGGUCAACGAGUCACAGCCUGUGACGGACUGGGAUAGCUUAAGGCCGGAAGAUGAUCUACCGGAGAUAUGGGAAGACGGAAUUGGGACGGCUACGGUUCCUCCCAUCAUGAGCCUCAUCCUGGAUGCGGGCCAUCUGGCGAUGGACUAUCUCUUGCUGCGGACGAAUCCUCCGGAGUGGCUCACUGCCAUUACCCAGGCCGUGAGGGACAACAAGAAGCUUGCGUACAUAAACGCGGGCAAACAUUGGUCGCAUAUGUGGAGCAGCGAUGGUGGUUUUGACAUGAAGAUUUUGUUCUGGAGAAUCCUCCAGUAUCUUCGUACAGUGAAGUCGGAAGUGGAAAGGGGUGAGAUUCAAAAGAGAGGAGGAUAUCAGUCAAUGGACGCGUACAUCUUUGACAUUGCGGACGCUGUUCUCAUGCAAGGGCAAUUGGCCAAGUUUGAGGCGUUCAUGACGGAUACGGCCGAGUAUAACCUCGACAGUCGGGUCUGGGGCAGGAUUGUGGAAAGGAUCAACGGGUUGAGGACGCCUGCGUGGCAGGCUGAUCCGAACCGAAAGCCGGCGGUUCUUCCGGAUACGCUGGGGCUGAGGAUUCGGAUGCUGGAUUUGCCUCGAUCGAGCCAUGCUACUCCGGACGAAGCGAAGGAGACUGUUGCGAGAUGUGCGGAGGGAGUGGUGAAGCUGCUUGAAGAGAUUGUGGCUGAUCAGAAGCCGUAUGCUCGAAGGUUUGAUACGCUGCAGAAGGGGUUGGAAGGUGCUGAACUCAGGGCGGAGAUGGGGAUUGCACUUGCGGCGACGCCUGCGCUGGAUGAUGUGAGUGUUGUUGCGUUGGUGGACUAUCUUCGUCUUGAGCUGGCGGUGGGCUUGUUGGAGAGGAGCCAUAUCUUCAAGACGGGGCUUGGGCCGCCGUAUGAGGAGGAUGUGGUGAAGAGGGCGACGGAGGUGGUGACGAAGAUGACUGGGAGUGUUGUGGAGGAGUUUCGGAUGCUGGCGGCGCCGUUGCAGAGGAGUAUUGAGAAUACGGAUGGUUGGGAUUGGUGGUGUUGAGGG